UAGAACAAUUAGCAAAUUUUGGCCAAUUGUAUUGUCAAACUCAUUGACCACAAAUCUAGUAUGAUAAUUUUAUGAAUCCAUAGAUAAUUGUAGUGGCAUGUAUAAAUAAAUUGAUGCCCUACCUUUCAUCAUGUCCUCAUUCAUUUGCCAAAACAAACAUAAUACACACACAAGAUGAAGAGCACAAUGCUAGCAGUUCUCCUUCUAUAUUCAUUGUCCUCACAACUAUUACUUCGAUCAGCUGAAGCUUCACCCGACGAAGUCCUCGACACAUUGGGAAAGAAGCUUCGAGCUGAUGCCAACUACUACAUCAUCCCCACAGAGCCAUUUACCAUAUGCGGCUUUGUUAGUUGUUUCAAUACUAGUGGAGGCGUUGCUCUUGAAGCUACCGGUGAAUCUUGCCCUCUUGAUGUAGUAGUUGUGAAACAUAAUCCAGGGUUACCGUUGAGGUUCACACCCGUUAACAACAAGAAAGGCGUUAUUCGUGUCUCGACAGAUCUCAACAUAAUGUUCUCCAAUGAAGCUUAUGAUUCUAGAUGUCCCAACCAUUCUUUAGUGUGGAAGAUUGAUCCUUUUUCUAAGGAAGAAACAUUUGUGACCACGAAUGGUGUAUUGGGCAAUCCGGGUUCGCAAACAAUUGGAAAUUGGUUCAAGAUUGAGAAGUAUGAUGAUGCUUAUAAGUUGGUCUAUUGUCCCAAUGUAUGUCCUUCUUGCAAACAUGUAUGCAAAGAUAUUGGGUAUUAUGUGUAUAAGACUAGGGAAAUGCGUUUGGCUCUCACUAAUGUUGCCUUCAAAGUUAAGUUCCAAAAAACUCAUAAUUAAGAUUUUUCAAUGUAGCAAAAAUAAGUGUGUUUAUAAGGAUUAUUGAGUUUGAUUUUCCUUGUAAAGAUUAAAAACAUAUGAAUGAAUAAAAAU